AUGAGUUUAGAAGCUUACAUCGACAUAAGAUUUGCAGACCCAGUCAUUUCCCUCUCUAUAAACCAAAGAGGUCUCUGUUAUGGUAGUGCUUUAGGUCGUGUUCUUUACUACAACUUCAAUACUCAUGAAGAAACCCCAAUAACUGAGUUUAGUGAAGAGUGCAUAAGAGGGGUUUCACUAUCUGCUGAUGGCUCAUUAUUUAUAGCAAUUGGAGAUCUUUACUGUUGAGCAGUUUUAAACCCAGAUUCUUUACAGUCCUCCAGAGAAGUAAUUAAUCAUGAAAGAUUGCACUCAAAUGAUGACUGUGGCUAUACACAAGUCUUAAUGAAAGAUGACACUGUAUGCAUACUUACAAUCACUCAGCUUGCUGGGAUUGCUGACAGAGCUGACACUAUAUAUAUUACAAAUAUUUCAAGCCAAAUUAAGCUGAAAUUUGAAAUCCCGAGUUUGCCCCCUCAGUCAGUUCCUUAUGAUUUUGAUGGGAAAAGGCUAUUAUGAAUGGAAUGAGGCACUAAUCUUCUACUCCCCCCCUCCGUGAGUGAACAAAACCAUUAGAAAAAUCGCUAUUUUUUGCCCAAAAACCCACCCUCCGUGAGUGAACAAAAAUUUUUUAUGGAAAAAAAUUUUGAUAUAUAAGUGAUAAUUAGCAUAAUGAAAUCUAGUACUAAUUCUGUUUAAUUUUAAACAAAUUGCUUUUUAAAACAUAAAUUUUAUAAAUUAAAUUAAUAUUUGCUUUCCAAUUUUUGCGAAUUAGGAUUUUUUCAAAUUUCGAAAAAAAUAUUUUUAUAUAAAAUUUAUAUAUAAAUUUUUUUAAAAAAAAAAAAUUAACCCCCCUCCGUGAGUGAACGAAAUUUUUUUGUUCACUCACGGAGGGGGGGAGUUAGGACAUUUAAAAUGUAUGAUUUCACAACUCAAGCAGUCAGUGAGAUAGCUGCAUAUGAAAAAAAAUAUGGACACAUCACACAUGUUAAGCUACUCCAAGAUUCAAUUUUAUUAGUCAGAAAUCACAGAAGUUUGAUCCUUGUUGACAUAUCAACAGGGGUUACAAGACAUAUUCUAGGAACUCAUAAAGCUGACAUUGUGGCUUUAAAUUGGCUUUGUCUAAAAGAAGGGAUUGCAUCAAUGGCUAGUGAUGAUGAUAACAUUACGGCUACAAAGCUAGUAAUUAUAGCAGUAGACUAUGAUGGGAAUAUAUGUUUAUGAGAUAACCAAGGACUAGCAGAGUGUAUACAGAUAAAAAACCUCCCUCAGCUGACCCCUCCCUAUCAGAAACUUAUGUAUUUCUCUAUGGGCUACCCAUAUAUUGUUGCAGCCCAUGAUGUAAAAAUCGCAUUUUCAAGUGACUUAGGAGUUUUGGUUGUGCGCUCAAAGUAUUUGGAAUCACUUCAAAACUUGCAAACUUAA